UCCCGCUGGGCCGUAGGGAAGUGAAGUCCUUGAUCAGGGCAAAAGGGCUUAAUCUUUGGCAAAUGGAGUGGGAUAUUAGUAGUAAGGGGAGGCAAUUUUAUUGUGUGCUCUGGUCAUUAAAGGAAGAGGUGGGGUGUAAGGGAUGUAGAAGAGGAAGUUGGGUGGAGUAAACUACGGGUUGGGAACACAGGUUUGAAUGCCACGUUGUGGAUGGUAGGGAGACAUGAAACAGGUCUGUGGAGUGUUUAGAGGAGGAAAUGGUGUAGCAUGUGUUGAUAUUUUGUGAACUGUAUGAUGUAGAUAUUGUGUGAAAGGGUUGGAGAGGCUGGAUGGGGUUUGGGUGGUGUAUUGGGGGGAGGGAAGUGGUGUCAAGUCUCUUUCACCUUCUUCGAAGAACGGGAAAAAUGAAGAGAAUUUAAUGUAUGUAGGCUGUGUCUGGCUUCGCAAUCCAGUACAGUAGGUGGCAGUGUAUGCACCUUAAAGUUGUAUGCGACCCGCCAACCCAAUCUCAAAGAAGAAGAAAUCGCCAAUGAAGCCAUUUCUGUGCGUCGUGAUCUGAGAAUGCUUGUAUUCCAGGAUGUCUGCUGAAAGCCAAGAGAACCGGACAGUGGAGGUGCUGGGAGUACCAGAGGAGGUGGAGGAUGAGCUGUUGUAUUUGUACUUUGAGAACAAGCGUCGUUCUGGGGGAGGUAAUCUGGUGUCUGUGAAGCUGGAAGGGAGCCGCGCCUUACUGCUGUUUGAAGAGGCGGAGGUUGCAUCAAGGGUCCUGUCUAAAAGAGCACAUGUCCUGAGCAAUGCUGAGCUGACCGUGAGGAAGCCUGCGUGUAAGGAUCCACGGAGGCUGCUGCUGCGGGGGGUUAACCCAACCAGCUGUCAGGAGCUGGUGGAGCUGUAUGUAGAGAACAUGAUGGGGAUGGACAUGCACGACUACACUCUAUACCCCUCACCUGGCAGGGACCUGGUCCUAGUACACUUCCAUCAGGCCUUCAAUAAAGACUUCCAGAAGCUUUGCUCAAAGAUCUCUAAGAAGCCUCUGGAUGGAGCGCAGAUCGCUCUGGAACAGAUCGAUCAAACUGACUCCAUCCUAAUGGAGAACGUGCACCCCAGCAUCACAGCAGACAUGCUUACUCUGUACCUGGAGAGCCAACGGGGCGGGCGCCUUGAAGUUAAGGAGGUCACCAUGAUGUCAGAGGGGGUUGCCAGGGUCUCCUUCCUGGACUUUGACUCAGUGGAACGUGUCCUUAAACAAUCACAUAAACUGGAGGAGACAGAUCUGACGGUCAGGCCUUACUUCUCCUUCCUCCAAUCAGAGGACGGCUCCUCCUCUCCCCUGACCUCUGUGAAUGGAACAUCAGAUGGUAGCACAACGAACACACAGCAGACAGACAGUGGUGGUCAAUCACAGACUGAUUCUCUCCCUGCAGACAGUACCAGUGACCGUUCUCAGUCCUCUCACAAGGCUACCUCUGAGCCUCUGGUCCCCCCUCUGUCCCCCCCUGUGUCCCAGGCAGUAGCAGCCCAGGGAGGCAUGGGUGACCUAAUUUCGACCCCAGAGCCCAUGUCUAGCCACAUUUCCGUCCCAGACCCGGUGAAACUCGCCCUGCUCCAGGCCAGUCCCCUGCCCCAGAGCCUCCAGCUGGCCCACCAAGGCUGUAGCAUCCAGAUCAGGGAGGACGGGGUCCACAUGGCCGGGCCUGACCAGCCAACGCUGGAGCAGUUGAAAAACGCUGUGUUGGAGUUCCUUGGGGGCGUGGCCCAGGCUCAUCUCACCUUUGACCCAGAAAAGGCCCACUUCCUGGCCAAACAGGAAGUGAAGGACAGGCUGCUACAGACGUUGAAAGAAAACGGGCUGCCGUCCAUGUACACCGUGUCGGACUGUGUCGUCAUGGUAACGUCUCUGUCUCCCAGCUUGGUGAGCCAGGCAUGUAGCAUGUUGAAGACUCUGCUGUCUGACUUCAGUAUCCCCGUGGACAGAGUGUACGAGUGUAUGCUGUAUGCCCAGGAGUGGACUGGCUUCCUCCAGUCUCUGACUCUUUGCUCAGCUAAGGUGUCCGAAAGAGGACAGAUAGAUGUCCUGACUCUGAGAGGGUUGGAGGAGGAGAAGCAGGCUAAGAUAGUGGAGUUCCUCAGUACACCCAUUGAAACGGAGGCUAUCAUCUCUAUGGAGCCAGGCAUGUUGAAGUACAUCCAGACCCACCAUCAUCAGCUACUGGCUGAUAUGAACCAGGUGUCUAUCUUCCCUCUAGACGCACAUGGCGUCUGUGGACUCAGAAUCCAAGGCAAUGCUGCGGCAUGUCAAAUGGCCGAUGAGGUUCUGAGGGGCGUGGUGUUGUCCACCGAGACCAGAACCAUCACGGUGAAACAGACUGGCGUGGCGCGGUUCCUCAUCCAGGAGGGGGAGGGAACCAGCAUCCUCAGGGAGAUGCAGACUAAGUUCCAGGUCUACAUAAACAUGGAGAAGGUGCACUGGGAACCCCUGGACAACGAGGACAUCUUUGAGGCUGCGUGGAAUAUGACGUCCCAUCAGAGCUUCCAGAGAAGUUCCUUACAGGCCUCAACAUCAGUUCUGACUUGCACUAUCCAGACUUCCAACAGCCUCUCAGCUUUAGACAGAGGUCGUAUAGAGGAGGCAAAGAGGCUGUUCUCAGCCAUAGAUGAGACGGUGGACACUGGCCUCUCCGGUUUGACCGGAACCACUGACAUGGAGGAGGAUCUGUUUCCGGCCGAGAAACCCAUGGCCCCGAGCUCUGACCAGGGCCCAGACAGGGACAGCGCUAACGUUGAGGUGGAGGAAGAGGCUCCACUGCCCCUGGUGGAGGGAGGGGAUAGUGACGAUGUGGGUGCUACUGCUCCUGUGGUGACUCAGGAUGGAGAGAUGUCCCAGGCCAUGCAACUCUCCACUACCCUGGAGGAGGAGGCGCAGAUGUCCCUGGCCAUCCAGUACUCUAUGGAGACCACCAAGAGGUCCCUGGCUGACGAGGAGGAGGAGCUGCAGAAGGUUCUAGAGCUGUCCAGGAAGAUGACGAAGAUGACUCGGGAUGAUGGUGGUGCCAUGCCUACCGCUUCCCUCCCUACUGCUGGCUCCCACCUCGAUCAGACUGUCCAGGUAUCUCUGCAGGAGGCCAUUCAGUCAGCCAACUCGGCAACAAUCUUUGUGUACGCAGGCUACAGUUGUGACCUGGUCAGAGUGGACAUUGCCCUGAACAAGAGGGUCAGUAAUAAACAGCAUAAGGAGAAGCUAGUGCACCGCAGCCUGAGGAGCCUGUCUCAGUAUCACAGGUGGUGUCUGGACCUCAUCAAGAGGAAACACGCCGUGGAGGUCACCAUCCAGGGAACUACGGCAAUCAUCUCCGGGUUCAAGGACUUUGUUACCGGUGCGAUGCCGGACAUGAAGCUGCUGCUAAGGAGGAUCUCCACGACGACGUCAGACGCCGACAUCCUGCGGACAGUGCAAUGGGUGUGGCACGACCCGGCGUCGUCAGGGACGGAGACCCCGUACGCUCCGGAGGCGACAGUGUUCAUGGAGAACGCCUGGAAGAUGAGGCAGGAAAAGAUCGACAUCCUGCUCAACAACCUGCCGCACAUCAUCAACUUUGCGAAGAUGCAGGAGUACAACGUGGCCUCUGGGAAGUCCGUCACCAUCUCCAGGAAGAUGCUGAGCUCCGAUGACGUGUACUCGGAGAUGCAAGAUGAGGACUACAGUCUACUGUCCAACCUGCCUGAAGCGUCCAGAAUGAACAAGGAUUCUGAUGAGUUUCAGGAUGUUGUGAAAGACUUCUACGACUCCAUACAGGAGUUCCACAACGAAAUCCGAAUCAUUAAGGUUGAGAAGCUGAUGAAUAGGCUCCUGUACAACCAGUACAGACUGAAGAAGGCUAGUAUAAAUCAGAGUACCACUGACCCAGAAGUGGAGCGGACUCUGUACCACGGCACAAGCGAGACCUGCGUGAAAGAGAUCUGUGUUCAUGGCUUCAAUAGAAGCUUCUGUGGAAAGAAUGCCACUGUGUACGGUCAGGGGGUCUACUUUGCUGUGAACUCGGCCCUGUCCAUCCAGGAUCAAUAUUCUCCCCCCAACGCAGACGGACACAAGUUUGUGUUUGUGACCAAGGUGCUGACUGGGGACUUCACUCAGGGCAGUCACUCCAUGAAGACUGCUCCUCUGAAGGAGAGCUCUGACAUACCCCUCCGAUACGACAGCGUGGCAGAUAAGACGGACAACCCCUCUCUGUUUGUGAUCUUCAACGACACACAGGCUUACCCUGAGUAUCUCAUCACAUGUCAGAAGAUUCACCGCUGAGGGAGUGGGAGUUGAUUGAUAUCCAAAGAACUGUUUGGUCAGUGUUUUAUUUGUUGGUUUUCUCCGUGUUGAGAAAAGAGGAUUCAAAUCAAAUGUUAUUUGUCACGUGCGCCGAAUACAACAGUGAAAUGCUUACAAGCACUUAACCAACAAUGCAGUCUUGAAAAAACAAACACACAAAAAGAAUAAGAAAUUUAAGUAAUUAAAGAGCAGCAGUAAAAUAACAAUAGCGAGGCAAUAUACAGGGGGUACCGGUACAGAGUCAAUGUGCGGGGUCACCGGUUAGUCAGGGUAAUGGAGGUAAUAUGUACAUGUAGGUAGAGCUAUUCAAAUGACUAUGCAUAGAUAAUAAACAGAGAGUAGCAGCAGUGUAAAAGGGGGGGCAAUGCAAAUAGUCUGGAUAGCCAAUUGAUUAGAUGUUCAAGAGUGUUAUGGCUUGGCGGUAGAAGCUGUUUAGAAUCCUCUUGGACCUAGAUUGGCGCUCCGGUCCUGCUUGCUCUGCGGUAGCAGAGAACAGUCUAUGACUAGGGUGACUGGAGUCUUUGACAAUUGUUAGGGCCUUCCUCUGACACUGCCUGGUAUAGAGGUCCUGGAUGGCAGGAAGCUUGGCUCCAGUGAUGUACUGGGCCAUAUGCACUACCCUCUGUACUGCCUUGCGUUUAAAAAAAUAUAUAUAUAUAUUUUACCUUUAUUUAACCAGGCAAGUCAGUUAAGAACAAUUUCUUAUUUUCAAUGACGGCCUAGGAACAGUGGGUUAACUGCCUGUUCAGGGGCAGAAUGACAUAUUUGUACCUUGUAAGCUCUGGGGUUUGAACUCGCAACCUUCCGGUAACUAGUCCAACGCUCUAACCACUAGGCUACCCUGCCGCCCAGUUGCGGUCUGCCUUGCGGUCCAACAGCCGAGCUGUUGCCAUACCAGGCAGUGAUGCAACCAGUCCGGAUGCUCUUGACUGAUUAAUGGGAAUUCAAUUUGAAAAAGCCUUCUGAGAAUAUACUGUGUAUUGUGUUUGUGAUAAUGCCCAGGAAGCAGGUAUUUGGAGGAUAUAUUGACACGGAUGUUGUUAGGCCAGAGACUAAGUCAAGCCAAUAUCCAGUGCAUUCGGAAAGUAUUCAGACCCUUUUUCCACAUUUUGUUAAGUUACAGCCUUAUUCUAAAAUCGAUCAAAUAAAAACAAUCCCACUCAGUCUACACACAAUACCCCUUUAUUGACAAAGCAAAACCGGUUUAGACUUUUUUUUUUAUACAAAUGUAUUAAAAAAAAUAUGUGAAUGUGAUUUACAUUUUUUAAAAGUAUUCAGACACUUUACUCAGUACUUUGUUGAAGCACCUUUGGCAGCGAUUACAGCCUUGAGUCUUCUUGGGUAUGACGCUACAAGCUUGGCACCCCUGUAUUCGGGAGGUUUCUCCCAUUCUUCUCUGCAGAUCUUCUCAAGCUCUGUCCGGUUGGAUGGGGAGUGUCACUGCACAGCUGUUUUCAGGUCUCUCGAUUGGGCUCUGGCUGGGCCACUCAAGGACAUUGAGACUUGUCCUGAAGCCGCUCCUGCGUUGUCUUGGCUGUGUGCUUAGGGUCGUUGUCCUGUUGGAAGAUGAACCUUCGCCCCAGUCUGAGGUCCUGAGUGCUCUGGAGCAGGUUUUUGUCAAGAAUCUCUCUGUACUUUGCUAUGUUCAUCUUUCCCUCGAUCUUGACUAGUCUACCAGUCUGUUCCACUGAGAAACAUCCCCACAGCAUGAUGCUGCCACGACCAUGCUUCACCAUAGAGAUGGUGCCAGAUUUCCUCCAGAAGUGAUGCUUGGCAUUCAGGCCAAAGAAUUCAAUCUUGGUUUCAUCAGACCAGAGAAUCUUCUUUCUCAUGGUAUGAGUGUCUUUUAUCUGCCUUUUGGCAAACUACAAGCGGGCUGUCGUGAUUUUUACUGAGGAGUGGCUUCCGUCUGGCCACUACCAUAAAGGCCUGAUUGGUUGAGUGCUGCAGAAAUGGUUGUCCUUCUGGAAGGUUCUCCCAUCACCAUGGAGGAACUCUGGAGCUCUGUCCGUGACCAUUGGGUUCACGGUUACCUCCCUGACCAAGGCCUUGUCCCCCGAUUGCUCAGUUUGGCUGGACGGCCAGCUCUAGGAAGAGUCUUGGUGCUUCCAAAUUUCUUGGGGACCUUAAAUGCUGUAGAAAUGUUUUGGUACACUUCCCCAAGAUCUGUGCCUCAACACUAUCCAGUCUCGGAGCUCUACGGACAAUUCAUUCAACCUCAUGGCUUGGUUUUUGCUCUGACAUACACUACCAUUCAAAAGUUUGGGGUCACUUAGAAAUGUCCUUGUUUUUAAAGAAAAGCAACAAUAUAAGUGCAUUAAAAUAACAUCAAAUUGAUUAGAAAUACAGUGUAGACAUUGUUCGUGUUGUAAUUGACUAUUGUAGAUGGAAACUACUGAUUUUUAAUGGAAUAUCUACGUAGGUGUAUAGAGGCCCAUUAUCAGCAACCAUCACUCCUGUGUUCCAAUGGCACGUUGUAUUAGCUAAUACAAGUUUAUAAUUUUAAAAGGCUAAUUGAUCAUUAGAAAACCCUUUUCCAAUUAUGUUAGCACAGCUGAAAACUGUUGUCCUCAUUAAAGAAGCAAAAAACUGUCUGCCUUUAUACUUGUUGAGUAUCUGGAGCAUCAGCAUUUGUAGGUUCGAUUACAGGCUCAAAAUGGCCAGAAACAAAUAAUUUUCUUCUGAAACUCGUCAGGCUAUUCCAUGAGAGAAUUUGCCAAGACUAGGGAAGAUCUCGUACAACGCUGUGUACUACUCCCUUCACAGUAUAGCUCAAACUGGCUCUAACCAGAAUAGAAAGAGUGGAAUGCCCCGGUGCACUACUGAGCAAGAGGACAAGUACAUUAGUGUCUAGUUUGAGAACGACCCCUCUCAAGUCCUCAAAUAGCAGCUUAAUUAAAUAGUGCCAGCAAAACACCAGUCUCAACGUCAACAGUGAAGAGGCAACUCCGGGAUGCUGGCCUUCUAGGCAGAGUUGCAAAGAAAAAGCAAUAUCUCAGACUGGCCAAUAAUAGAUAAAGAUGGGCAAAAGAACAGAUACUGGACAGAGGAAGAUUGGAAAAAAGUGUUAUGGACAGACAAAUCUAAGUUUGAGGUGUUCGGCUCACGAAGAACAUUUGUGAGAUGCAGAAAAGAUUCUGGAGGAGUGAUUGACGCCGUCUGUCAAGCAUGGUGCAGGCAAUGUUAUGGUCUGGAGGUGCUUUGGUGGUGGUAAAGUGGGAGAUUGUACAGGGUAAAAGGCAUCUUGAAGAAGGAAGGCUAUCACUCCAUUUUGCAAUGCCAUGCAACGCCAACAGGACAAUGACCUAAAGCACAGCUCCAAACUAUGCAAGAACUAUUUAGGGAAGAAGCAGUCGGCUGGUAUUCUGUGUAUGAUGGAGUGGCCAGAACAGUCACUGGAUCUCAACGCCUUUGAGCUGUUGUGGGAGCAGCUUGACCGUAAGAAGUGACCAUCAAGCCAAUCUCAUUUGUGGGAGGUGCUUCAGCAAGCAUGUGUUGAAAUCUCUUCAGAUUACCUCAACAAAUUGACAACUAGUGCUGCAAAUGCCGGAUUCUUUGACGAAAGCGAAGUUUGAAGGACACUAUUUCAAUUAAAAAUCAUUGUUUAUAACCUUGUCAACUACAUUUCCUAUUCAUUUUGCAACUCAUUUCAUGUAUGUUUUCAUGGAAAUCAAGGACAUUUCUAAGUGACCCCAAACUUUUGAACGGUAGUGUACACUGUCAAUUGUGGGGCCUUUUUAAAUAGACAGGUGUGUGUGUGUUUGCGUGCCUUUCCAAAUCAUGCCCAGUCAAUUGAAUUUACCACAGGUGGACUCCAAUCAAGUUGUAGAAACAUCUCCAAGGAUGAUCAAUGGAAACAGGAUGCAUAAGAACACCCAUGCCACUAUAUCCUCCGAACAGCAGCUCCUCUGGUGUUGGCACUUAAUAUGCGUCUUAAUCGAAUUUUUAUAACUUGUGUGUUUACGACGCUACUGUUUAUUUCUAAGACAACACUAUAGCAGCCUCCUACUGUACAAUGAUUACAAAUACUCAUUCUUAUCCAUAUCAAUAAUAUGAUUGUAAUGCAUGCGAAUUAGAUGAAUGUAAUAGUUUGGAACCAUAUUGUUUCCAGUAUAGUUUGAUGUUUAUAAUCAGUUUAACAACGGACCUCCAGUGGUGUGACAUGGAAUGUUACUUGUGAAAUGUAUAUAUUUAACUGGUAAUAUGUCUGGCGAAGCCAAAUAGUUACUUUACUUAUCACGUUGCCUUAGCUUUAUCUUGGCCAGGUCGCAAUUGUAAAUGAGAACUUGUUCUCAACUUGCCUACCUGGUUAAAUAAAGGUGAAAUAAAAAAUAAAUAAAUACGUUUUAUAUUUAUUGUA